AUGAAGAUCAACGUCAUAAACCAUGACCCCGUUCGCGACUCUAUGGGUUCCCGACAUCCACCUACUGCGGCUUACGACAACGACUCGCGCACCUCUCGAGCAAGCUUCACGACCACAGCCGCCCAGGCCCCAAAGCCGGAGGAUGUGCAUGUUCGUGGGCUGCUUGAAAUCAUUGCCAGUCUCCGGGAUGAUAUCAGUGUCCUGAAAGAUGAGAUUGACCGUAGUCGGGCUACAAGUGACCAAGCAGGUCCGAACGAUGAAAAAUCUGUCCGAUCAUGCUUCGACUUGCUCAACGAUGCAAUCAAUAGCCUGGCUGAGCGCAGAUUCAGUGGCUUUCCAUUCAAGAUCCCAACCAAAAAGACCGACAAGGAUUUCUGCAGUGAGAUGAACGAUGGCUACGAACAUGCCGUCUUCCCGCCAGAGAUGGCCGAGGCGCUUGGCACUCUUAUGGACGAACUUUCGACCAAGGACAACCAAGACGAUACGGUACUACAGGAAUUCCACCUGCUGCGCGCUCAGGCUGGUCUAUAUCUAAGCCGAAAAAGCGGAGGCGAUGGACCUUACCGAUCACGUUCAACUGGCUGGGUUAAGUUCGUGAACGAGCUAUACGACUUUUUCGAGAAGUACUCGUUUACGCCGAACGAGGAGGAGCUUAAGCGCGAGUUUGGAAAGAUCGGGAGCCUCGCGAGCAUCGAACUUCUGGCGUUCCUUGUUGUCGAGACUCUCGGCGUCAGUGUUGCGCUGACUCAUGAAGUAUAUCUCCAGGUCGGAGUCCAGGGCUCGCCCGAGCAUAAGGAGCAACAGAGCCAUCCACAGGAUCAAAUCUCAGGUGUUCUUCGGCAACCUGUAGUUAUCGUCGAUCCACACGUGGAAACGCCGGUGGCGGAGGGCAUUGAAGGGGCCGGAGAUGCCAUGCUUCUCCCCCACAAUACGGCCAUUGCGGAAAAGGGCUACAAGGGCCUCGACUGA